AUAGCAACUAAUGACGGCUUAAAAAUGGAGUACACAGGCAGCAACUACGAUGGGGACUACACAAAUGGAAGGAUGGAGGGUCAAGGCAUUUACACUUUUCCGACUGAAACUCGCUAUGAAGGAGAGAUGCAAGAUGGCAUGUUCCAUGGCAAAGGAACACUCUUUUUUACCAAUGGCAGCAGAUAUGAAGCCAUUUGGGAAAAUGGUUAUGCAAAAGAGGGUAAAUACACCUUUGCUGAUGGACUGCAAUAUGAAGAAGAAAAUUGGGAAUAUUGUGAUGGAUAUGACCGCCGCUUCUACACAGAGAUAUGUGAUGGUCUUAAACCUGCAGGUCGCUCCCAGCUGACAAAUAAAAUUCCACCAAGGAAAAUCCCAGAAGGCUGUUAUGACUGUGGAGAUGGCUUCUACAAUCCUAACACUCGAGUUGUUGUGGACUACAAUUUUAAAUUUCUAAGAAAUGCAGAUGAUGAUGAACAUGAAUGGAUUUUGAAAACCUGUCGGAAAGCCUGGGAUGAAUAUGUUGGUUACACAGAAAAGCCAGCAACUUGAAAAUUAUCCAGCCAAAGCUAGACAAGAAGCCAAUAGUUCUAUGAAUAAAUUUCACCACAUAAGGCUGUUUUGCAUGCUGUGCUAGGAAAUAUAAAAGUGACUUUCUCUAGUUCAUGUGAUGAUAGAGCUAAGUCUAGGACUAGUCUGCUCUAGAUAAAAUACAAAGAACAAAAUCUUUUGCAUCAGAAACUAAUCUUUAAUAAAAAGAUAUCUCAGUUUAAUUAAUGUGUGAAAACACCAUGAAAAAAAAUUUGAAUUCUUAUGCCAGUAAUAUCUAAAAUUUGUAGGUUGUUUAUGGUUGAAAUCAGAAGAAAUACAUCUGUAAAACAUGCAUCUGAAAUUCAGAACUCAAGAAAAGUCUCUCUUUGACAAACUUCAUUUGUAUCAAGGAUAAAAGAAAUCUAUCAUUUGUUUUUUCUCUCUCUCUCUAUUGCCUUCAUUAUGUAUGGGUUGGAAGAUACAAAGAUGUAUUUGCAGAGUUUGAUGACUAGUAUAGGUGAUAAGACUAUAGAUGUUUAGGUUAAAGAUGUGCAAGACAGCAUAUGUUUCAAGAUAAAAUGGACACAGUCAUCAUUGUCUAAAUAAGAUGCCAUAAUAUAAAUAAACUGGUUGUAGAAAAAGUCACAGUCUGGAUAUAGACAAUGUUAGGGCGACAUAUGUGAAUGAAUAGUGUGCAUGUGUGUGUCGUGUUUGUGUGUGUUUUUCAUGCUUGACCACCAUUCUCUGCCAUAAAAUUAAAAUUUAAUUAUUAACUGG